AACACACACAUACAUGCAGCCAGACCAGCCGAGCAGGCAAAUGAGGGAUGGACGCACUUCCACUCGCGCUCCGGAAUAAGCCAGUGACAUCGCAGAACAUACGGAGAACCUGAUAAGCCUUAACGAUUCUCACUCACCACGCGACCAGCGCGUCUGUCAGUAGGGUCACCUUCGUAAUUAACACGGGCGUCUUGUGGACGUGCGUGGCGUGCGUUUGAGUGAGCGAGAUACCGAUAUCCAUUUGGAGCGAGAGAGAAAGAAAGAGAGAGAGAGAGUCUGGAUAUAAGCAAGAUCCAACCCUCCAGACAGCAGCAGAAGCCGCAACCGGAGCCUGUCCUCCAGAGUAGCCAUCUAGCCUCACCCCCAGUCCCGCAGCCCCAUGCAGGAUGCCCGGGGGGGAGCGCUGGUCCUGGGGUGUCCUCCUGGUCCUGCUCAGCCUGAGUUCAUGACGCCCUGGGCGGCUUCAUCAUGCGUCUCCUACCCGCUCCAAGCGCCCAAUCUCUCCGGCUACUCUUUCUCUUUCUCUUCGUGAUGGGGGUGGCCCCUUCCCCAGCUCUUACUGCAGGCUGCCCGGACAGGUGUGUGUGUGACGACCAGCUGGUGGUCCAGUGCGCUGGGCAGGAGCUCACCCUCUUCCCCAACGACCUCCCUUUAGCCACCCGUCAACUCAUCAUCUCCAACAACCGCAUCGGAGAACUUCCAGCAUUGCAACUCAACUACCUGUCUGAUCUAGUUUACCUGGACGUCAGCAACAACACCCUGACGGAGAUCUCCGAGUCCACCUUCGGGAAUCUCCGGAAGCUGGCCUACCUUGACCUGUCCUUCAAUACACUGACCCAGAUUGAGGACCGGACGUUUGGACCGUUGUCUAGCCUUGUGAUGCUACGGCUAACAGACAACCCGGGGCUAAGUGAGAUCCACCCGGACGCGUUCUCAGAGAACAUGGCUCUGCAAGUGCUGGAUGUGAGCAGGAACAACCUGACGACGCUGAACAUCAGCUCUCUGAUCGCCCUGCCCUCUCUGCGCUCCAUGGGGCUCAGUGGGAACCCCUGGAGGUGUGACUGCGAGACUGAGGACCUCUGCCUCUGGGUCCAGAUAGAAGGAUUCAAGUUCCAAGACGAGGACGAGGGCCAGACAGUGUGCCAGGGGCCUCCGGAGCUGUCUGGGCAACGGCUGGCUGAAGUGGGCAUGCAGCUGAGGGCAGACUGCCACCAGGGCCUGGGCUACUGGGACUAUCUGUUCUUCAUCGCUAUCGGCUUCAUCAUCUUCAGCGCCGGCACCGUGUCGGCAUGGGUGAUGGGUGUCCUCAUGGUGCUGUACGAGAGAUACAGCAAGAGAAAGGGGGAAGACAUGGACAGUGAUGACGAGGAGGAGAGACAUAUGGGGGGAGGGAUGAUGGGGGGGUCAGGGGAACGGGGAUCUGAAUAA